GUAUACAGCAGCAGUUGAAUACUCAAAGCAUGCAGCAGUGCUGGACCGACAGACCGGGUGUUUGCAAUUGGGUUGGGAAUCGAGUCGGAUGGGUCGAAUGCAUGCCUUGUGCAGGCUAUGAGCCAGCAUCUGAAACCACAAUUGAUCCGCGCCGCGUGUUUCGCUGCAUUCAUGGACAUGGAGUUGAUGCUCAUUACAAACCCACCCAGACCAUCCUCAUUAUUUCUUCUGCAGAGUACAGUAUCGAAGUGCUUGUGUUGGGAGAUUGAUAGUAGCUAGCUAGCUAGCUAGAUAAGACAAAGACAGCGGAAUGACGAAAAACGAAGGAGGCGGCAAGAAGGCCCCUCAACCCAAACGUCCCUGGAAUGACGAUCUCCAGAUUGAUUUUGAUAGAAUUCGUUCCGUAGGAGAAGAAUGCAUUUCGGAGGCCGAGCUGAAGGAGUUGCUGAUUUCCAGGGGCCGAGGAGCCGAAGGACCAGGCUUCGUUUUGUACGAUGGCUUUGAACCAAGUGGCCGCAUGCACAUUGCACAAGGAGUUUUCAAAGCCAUGAAUGUCAACAAAUGCACAGCACCAGGCACCAAUGGAACCUUCGUUUUCUGGGUGGCUGACUGGUUUGCUCUCAUGAACGAUAAAAUGGGGGGAGACCUGGCCAAAAUUCGAGUGGUUGGAAAUUAUUUGAUUGAAGUAUGGAAGGCCGCUGGAAUGGACCUCUCCAAUGUCGUCUUCAAAUGGGCAUCGGAGGAGAUCACUGAACAAGCCGACAAAUAUUGGCCAACCAUGUUGGAUGUUGCUAGGAGAUUCAACAUUACCAGAGUGAAAAAGUGUUGCCAGAUCAUGGGACGACUCGAGGGCUCCCUCACUGCCGCUCAAAUCCUAUACCCUUUGAUGCAAUGUACGGACGUGUUCUUUCUAAAGGCAAACAUUUGUCAGCUGGGAGUCGAUCAGCGAAAAGUCAACAUGCUGGCUCGAGAAUACUGCGACGCUGCCGGCAUCAAGCACAAACCAAUCAUCCUCAGCCAUCAUAUGCUUUUCGGUCUCAAGGCUGGACAGGAAAAAAUGAGCAAGAGUGAUCCUGAUUCAGCAAUCUUCAUGGAGGAUGCUGCUGUAGACGUAGAACGCAAAAUCAACAACGCUUAUUGCCCCUCCAAACCGGAAGAACCAAAGAAACCAGCAUCAGGCGAUGCAGACACACCCAUUGAUGCAGGACUCCAAUCGAUGCACUUGGUAGAGGAUACCCUGAAAAACCCAUGCCUCGAUUAUAUUGGAAACAUCAUUUUCAGUGCUCCCGGGGCUUCCUUCUCGGCGGGAUCAAAGACGUUCCAGGACUUUGAGAGCGUCAAGAAAGCCUUCCUGGAUGCUGAGAUCUCUGAAGCGGAGCUAAAGAAAGGCUUGAUUGAUUCGCUGAAUGAACUCCUUGAACCGGUUCGAAAUCAUUUCGCUGACGAUCCUACCGCAAAAGAGCUGUUGGCUCAAGUGCGACAGUUCAAGAAGGAAGCAACUACGGCCACAAAAGACAGCAAAGUUCGGAGACUGAACUUGGUGGAGGAAGGCAAAGUGCCUGCUGGUGCACACCUUGUCUUUGCGGGCAUGCCAACUGCUAAUCCAACCUUGCAAGAAGCAGUGGACAUCAUAAUGCAGCUUCGCACGGCCAACGGAAAGCCUUGUGUCCUGUUUUUGUCCGAUUGGACUGCGCGUGUUUGCAAUGCUUGCAACGGUGAGAUCAAGAGUAUAGAAUCCUACCAUGUCAUCCUCCUUGCUGCGUUAAAGGCGCUUGAUGCAGCUCUGAUGGAAACUGUCAAGGUCAUUUACCAAAGCGAAGCCAUCCUUGCCAAUCCCAGUGAUUACUGGAUCAGCGUUAUUAAUGUUGGACGUCACUUUAUGUUGAACGAUGUAAUGGGCGAAGACACUGUUGACGCGGAUGGGGCCGGUGUCGUUGUGGGACGCUUGAUGAAAGUCGCGGAUGUACUCGGUGUUUCGCCAGCGUCGUUGUCACUGAAGAAGUCUCUAGCCUCACAGGCGGAGGGGGCUUUGGUGGAGAGGUUCUUUGCAGAGAAGCUGCCAGAGAGCAUGGUGGGACCUUCGGUAUCCAUGUUUGCACCAAAGCCAAUCCGAUUACAGGCUGAAAGAGAAUCAGAUGCUUACAAAACGGAGAAUGACGAGUACUUUCUUCUGGAUGAUCCAAAGGUACACGGCAAGUCCAAGAUGAAGAAGGCCUUCUGCGAACCAGGAAAUAUUACAUUCUGUCCUCCAAUUGCGGUCGCUUCUGUCUUUGCAUUUGAGCUUGGAUCUAUGGGGUCCAUAACAGUGAAGCGAUCAGAUGACAACGGCGGAGACAUCACCUUUAGUAGUUCAGAGGAGAUUUCAAGUUGUUUUGGAGAUGGUUCGUUGCACCCUGGUGAUUUGAAGGCAGCAGCGUCUUCCAUUAUUGUGGAAGCUUUGGACAAGCUCGCCAGUGGGCUCAAAUCCGACGGUGAGGCUUCCAAAGCAGCAAAAGGGUUGAAAGCAUUCCAGAAGAAAAUGGCCAAGAAAGGCAAAAAGUAGACCUUGGUAAAUGUAUAGAUUUUCCUAUUGG